GAAAAGUUUAGACUGGUCUGCCCAUUGUUUAGCAGACAAGCAGCGCAUGCAGGUGUGGGAGUGAUGCUGGGAAACGUGGGAAACUCCUCUCACAUUCCUGAGGCUGAUAAAAGUUUGCCUGCCCAUUCCAUGCUUAGUCAGUCUGGACUCCAAUUGAUCAUGAAUCUGCAACACUGGUGGCUGAUUCUGGCUGUGGAAUGCAUCUCCAGUCAGUCUUUACCUCAGAAGAGAAAGUGUGCCUUCAGAAUGACAUCACAGAACAAAAUAUACAAAAUGGCCGGAAAUGUGUCUGGGUCAGUGCAGGUCUGUGAGAACACCCACUGCUGUGUUGGCUUUUAUAAGAUCGUCAAUGACCAGCCAGAGGUCGACGUCCUUGCGUGUGAUAUAGCUGAAAACUCUUGCUCAAAUGCAAUCUGCAUGGGAGAAACACAAUUCAUCGGCCCCUUCCUUAAAUGUGUGUGCAAUACAGACCUUUGCAACAGCAACAUCACUUGGACCCCAGAGUCAGAACAGCCUCGACCCACCUACUUUUAUUCUGGAGGUGAAAUCUGGAAAACUGUUUCAGCAAUUCUGACUGGAACUUUCCUCCUGUUCUUAUUUGUGAUCAUUGCUCACAAAUUGAGGAGUCUCUUUACAAAACAAAAGAAGCUACAAGUCUGCCGUGAUGAUUACAGUGUCUCCCCACCGUGUUUCUUCCAAACAACAGACCUUUCGGAGAUUGACACUGCCAACAUCGAACUACAGCAAAUUUUGGCCAAUGGGCAUUUUGCAACUGUUUGGCAGGGAAAAUACCAGGGAUCUGUUGUGGCUGUGAAAGUUUUCCCUGCAUGCUGGAAACAUAAAUUUACAACAGAGAAGGAAAUUUUUGAGUUACCACUGAUGAAGCAUGAUGGGAUUGUUCACUUCCUGGGCACUGGGAGGAACCUAGAUAGUAGCAGUUGGCUCAUUGUCCUGCAAUUUGUUGAACACGGAUCUCUCCAUUCCUUUCUGAAUAAACAUAUCACCAGCUGGAUGUUGUCACUGAAGUUGUGCCAGUCUUUAUCGCAGGGGCUUUCCUAUCUACACUCUGACCUUCACCAAUAUGGUGCGCAUAAACCUCCUGUGGCUCACAGAAACCUCAGCAGCUUCAGUGUGCUUGUGAGAGCAGAUGGUACCUGUGUCCUAUCUGAUUUUGGAUGCUCCACCAUCCUGCAUUCCUGUUCAGGAAGCCACACUACAAUCAUGGAGGAUCCUUCUCAGAUGGGCAUGCUGCAGUACAUGUCCCCUGAGAUCCUGGAAGGCUCUGUAAACCUAAAGAACAGCUUCUGUUUCAUGCAGGGGGACAUCUAUUCUUUGGCAUUGUUGCUGUGGGAGAUCUGGAUGCACUGCUCUGAUUUAUGUGAGGGUGGUGUUGUUCCUCAGCACCUUUUGCCCUAUGAAUAUGAGCUGGGAGCCAACGUAACACUAGAGAGCCUCAUCCAGUUUGUCUUUCACAUGGAAAUGAGACCUUCCUUGCCAGUACACUGGAAGCUGCUGCCACAGGGAUCUGAACUGCAGGAGCUCCUGGAAGAUUGUUGGGACUGUGACCCAGAAGCCCGGCUGACUGCUCAAUGUGUUGUAGACAGAUUAGCCUCUCUUUGCUCACUAUUCCCAUGACGUUUUCACCCAGGUUGAAUUACUGUAGUCUACAUAUCAAGCAUUUGCACAGUUUUCUUUGUGUGCUUUUCAUGUUUAACUGUGUAGCUAUGCCCUUUGAUUUAAACAGGUUUCCAUUAAUAUCUGUCUAUUCAAAAUUGUUUUAAUAAACUGUAAUCCAUGUUUAUUAUAGAAAAAUUAAAA